ACUUUUUAACCACUUAAAUCUAUCCUUUGCCGACUCAUCUGGCUGCGCUCACGACUCAGUUCAGUUCAGUUACAGAAAUAAGUUCGUUCGAACCACACGUGCUGAAAAUGGAUAAUGAAGUUCGUGAAACAGUGAAAAGUGUUAGUAAAAAUCAAACUAAAAAUGAUAAUUGGGGAUAUAUGGUUUGUUUUGGAACAAUAAUUACAUUUAUUGCAGGCAUAGGCCAUGUAAAUUCCACAGGAUUAAUAUAUAAUGACUUCAUUAUUGCAACACAAUCGACCACCAAGUCCUUAACAAUAGCACAUGGUGUGUUUGCUUUAAUGCUUGCCUUUGGAGGUAUAAUACUAAAUUCGAUAUCCAAAAAGUAUUCUCUGCGAUUUGGAGGUUUUAUUGGUGCUUUCAUAUUAUCAGUUGGAUCUUUUUCAACAAUUUUUAUUAGAAACACAAAUGAGUUGCCUUUGACAUAUGGAGUACUUCAGGGCAUUGGAUUUGGAAUAUUGACACCAGUAUGCUAUUCGAUGUUAAAUUAUUAUUAUAAAGACAAUGCAAGAACGACAGCAAUGAGCAUAUGUAAAGGUGUUCAAGGAGUAUUCUUGAUGUGGUAUCCACAAAUUAUAAAGAACUUUAUGUCGUGGUAUGGCUUCAGAGGAACUCUGUUGAUAAUAAGCGGAAUAACUUUUCAUACGUUUCCUGCAAUGAUCACCAUGACAACAAAUGAAAGAAGAUCAUCUAAGAAAACAAAAACAACAAAUAAUGUAGAAUAUGGGAAAAGAGAAGAUGAAAAUGUUGAUUUGUUAAAUCGUAAUAACAAUAGCACAGAAGUGACUUAUAAAACUACUAGUACAAAUGAGGGGAAUAUCGUUAAGAAAAUUGGUUCAAUACUGUUGGAUGUUUUUCAUUUAAAAGUAUUAAAGGACCCGGUAUACUGUAAUAUUUGCAUUGGCCAAAGUUUCUGCAACUUUUCGGAUGUUACAUUCUUCGUUCUACAGCCAAUGCUAUUUUUACAGUAUGGUUUUGACAAAACGGAAGCAGCGACUUGCAUAUCAAUAUGCGCCGGGGCUGAUGUUGCAGGACGGUUUGUGUUAGCGUUUAUAAGUACUCAAACUAAGAUUAAUACGAGAUUAUUGUAUUAUUUUACUAUUCUUUUAACUGUCUUCUUUAGAACAGUGAUUCUCCAUGUCAACCAGUUCCUCUGGCUGGCUAUUGUGACUGGUAUACUGGGAUUACUGCGAGCGGGACUACAUGUGGCCAGUCCUUUGGUGAUAUCCAAUCACGUUGCCCAUGAAGACUUGCCUGGCGCUUACGCAGUCUUCUUGCUCACUGUUGGUCUGGUCAACGUGGCGAUUGCUCCAAUUAUUGGUAUAUUAAAGGAUGAAUACCAGAACUUCAUACCUGCUUUCUACGCCUUAGUAUUAUGCUGUCUUCCUUGCCUCAUAUUGUGGCCUAUCGAAUAUAUACUAAGAUAUAAGAAGUGACUAAUAUUAAUUGAUAUACAUUAGAGAAAGUCAACGACUUUAAAUGUAUAAAAAGGAAUUUGAUUCCAAUUUAUACGGGUGAUUAUUUUUAUAUAUUAAAUUGUUGUCUGCGUUUAUUGCAUAAAAAAAUCACUGUACAAUAAAAUUUUAUCUUCGAUAAAUUAUUUAAAAACAGUAUUAUAUAUAAGAAAUUGUACAUAAGUAAUAUAUUUUCUUACAAUAAAAUUAUUUAGAGACAAUUUUUUUUUCUAAUAAGGUUUUUUAUUCAUUAGAAAUAUUUUCAAUGUAUAAUAAUUACUAUUAUACAUUGAAAAUAUACUCAUAAAAAUUACAAAAUUUAUACAACAUUAGACCCAUAAUAGUAGUAAACUCUACCGAUUAAAAAAGAAUAAUCAAAAUCGUUUAGAAUUUUACCAAAAUUAGUGGGAGAUUAAUUUAGAAGUGAUUGUAAGAUAAUCACUGAAAGUGCUAUAGAAUUGAUUAAGUCGUUACGCACAAUAUAACUGCUAAAUUGAAAACCUCCUCUUUUUGUAGUAGGUUAAAAAUUUAACUAACAUGUCGUUUAUUCGUAGAUAUCUCUGUUAUUAAUUAAAAAGAUGAUAUAAAGAUAGAUGGAAGCAAAAUUCAGACGAAACAUUCAAAUUAAGAGACGAUGUGAAGUAAAGUAUACAUCAAAUUAAAAUGUCGUUUCAAAAAAAUUCGGGGUCAUCCCGAGAGUAAUCCCAUGAUUAAGAAAAUAAUUAAAAUCGGUUUUAUAUAUAUAUAUAUAUAUAUAUA